AUCUAAAGUGCAGUUUGAACAAUUGCGGUGAUAUUGGCAAUAAUGUGGUUGAUGCAAGCAUUCACAUUGAUCCUCUUCUUCCAGGGGUCUGAAGCUAGGAAGAAUGUCCUGUUUAUUGUUGCUGAUGACCUGAGGCCUGAGAUAGCAGCCAUGCAUGAUAAUGAGGCCUACAGACAAAUGCAUGACAAAAUGUAUACACCCCAUCUGGAUGCUUUCACUGAACGCAGUGCUGUUUUCAAGAAAGCCUAUGUACAGCAAGCUAUCUGUGGCCCGAGUCGUGCAUCGUUUAUGACUGGUCGACGUCCUGAUACAACCAAGGUUUAUAACCUGGAUGACUACUUCAGAAAUGUCAGCGGAGAUUUCACAACUAUCCCACAGUAUUUUAAACAACAAGGCUACCGUACCCUUGGCAUGGGGAAGAUCUUCCACCCUGGGUCUUCAGGAGGUGGGAAUAACGACCGUCCAUCAUGGUCAGAUGAUGAACAAUACUACAAUUCACCUAGUCAAAGAAACUAUUGGUAUCCAAGACACAAUGAAAAAUCCUGGAGAGCCAUCAAUGAAUCACUGGAACAGGAGCAUCCUCUGGGUGACCAGGAAUUAACUGACCAUGCAAAAGCAACUUUGAGACGACUAGCACCUAAGGCUAUCAGUGGAGAAGAAAACUUCUUCAUGGCUGUGGGGUUCCGCUUACCUCAUCUGCCUUUCAUAUUCCCUGAAAGAUACCUGCAGUAUUACCCUCAGAGUGACAUCAAACAGCCUUCUAACCCAUAUGUACCACAAAACAUGCCAGGGUACGCUUGGCAUUAUAAUGGGGAAAUACGUAACCAGUAUGCUGAUAUCAUUGAUUUAGGUCUUUCAGGGAGACCUAAUACAACAUGGCCAAGUGAACUGGUUUUGGACCUCCGCAGAGCAUACUAUGCUUCUGUCAGCUAUGUUGACACUUUAUUUGGCCAGAUCAUGGAAGAAGUUGAUGGGUUAGGUCUCCGAAACAAUACAAUUGUGAUGUUUGGAAGUGAUCACGGCUGGCAGUUAUAUGAACACACAGCCUGGUGUAAGCACACUAAUUUUGAACUGGCUACUAGGACGCCAUUGAUGUUCCGUGUCCCUGGCCUGACAGACCAAGGCUUGAUGUCUAGCCACCUAGUAGAAUAUACAGAUAUCUACUCCACUCUGGUUGAGCUAGCUGAGCUCCCUGCUGUCCCCCUUUGCCCACAAUCUGGCCCUACCCCUCAAGCCUGCACUGAAGGUACAAGCCUCGUGUCGUUGAUGAGCAACCCAAAUAUUCCUGGCAAGACAAGAGUUUUCAUGCAGUACCCCCGUAAUAGACGUGAUGUUGGGCCAUUGAUGGGGUACAGCAUGCGUACAGAUAGAUACAGGUACACUGAGUGGGUGACCUUUAACACGACCACCUCCACUCCUGACUGGGACCUUAUGUUUGCAAAUGAGCUGUAUGACCACUCUAUUGACCCUGAUGAGAAUGUGAAUCGAGCAGAAGAUGAGGACUAUGAUACUGAUGUGGAUCUGCUGAGCGCUCAGCUACAGGCUGGAUGGAGGGCAGCUUUGCCUAAUUACUAGCACUCAAAAUAUCAAGAGUCAUUUACUGUAAAAGAAUUUGUUAAUUCGUUAAAAUACAAUGGGAAUUUUUGAUCUGCUCAUUUGUUUCAUUGCACUUUUUGAUGAAAUAUUAUAUACAGGGUGGGCCGAAAAACAAUACCCAAGUUUAAAGAUGGAUGAUUCAUAUGAUAUAUCUUAUACCAUGUC